AUGGCGAGAGUUCCUCUGAUCGGGAGGCUGUUCUGGUAUGAGUAUCUGGCCCUCUUCGGGUCACUGGUAUUGGUGGCACUAGAGGCUGUCAUCCAUUUGAUCACUUUUUGCCUUCCAUCGCCGAUCAUUCGAUUCUGCUAUGAGCAAUCGAAAUCAAUCUUCAAUGUUGUCAGUCAGAACGAAGCAUAUGAGAAACGAUCGAAAGAGGAAAUCCUUGCUUCCUCCAUUGCUGCUGCAUCGGAUUUCACUGAGAUUUGCUCGCUCUUCGGGUAUGAGGCCGAGGAACACAUCGUACAGACAAGAGAUGGAUAUCUUCUUGGCUUACACCGACUUCCCCACCGAAAGGGAGAAGAGAAUAUCCGAACUAACCAAGGCCCUGGCACAAUCCGCAAGAAGGUCGUCUAUCUGCACCAUGGCCUUCUCAUGUCGAGUGAAGUUUGGGUGGCCUUGACCAAUGAGCAACGGUGUCUCCCUUUCCAGCUGGUAGAGAAAGGCUACGAUGUAUGGCUCGGUAACAACCGCGGUAACAAGUAUGCGAAAAAGUCCAUCCAAUUUUCGCCGGGAUCCAACGAGUUCUGGGACUUCUCGAUCGACGAAUUCGCUUUUCAUGACAUCCCGAACAGCAUCGAAUACAUUCUCGAAGUGACAGGCCAACCUUCUCUUUCGUACAUCGGCUUCUCCCAGGGUACCGCGCAAGCCUUUGCGACCCUUUCUAUUCACCCGGUGCUCAACUCGAAGAUCGAUGUUUUCGUCGCCUUGGCGCCUGCCAUGGCGCCAUCUGGCCUGCGAAAUCGCAUUGUCGAUUCCCUCAUGAAGGCCUCUCCAGACUUCUUGUUCCUGCUCUUCGGCCGACGCAGCAUUCUUUCGUCGACGACCAUGUGGCAAAUGAUUCUUUACCCGCCGAUCUACGUCCGGAUCAUCGACACUGCGCUGUCGGUUCUGUUCAAUUGGCGUUGUCGCAAUAUCACUCGCGUCCAGAAACUGGCUGCUUACAUGCAUCUCUAUUCGUUCACGAGCACCAAGUCGGUUGUUCAUUGGUUCCAGAUCAUCCGCAAUGGGAACUUCCAGUUCUUCGACGAUGAACUGCAUUCCCCUUUCAGCAUUGCAACCAACGAGCGAUUCUACAAACCCGUCAAGUACCCGACCCGUAAUAUCAAGACUCCUAUCAUCCUUUUGUACGGCGACAGUGACAGUCUGGUUGAUAUUAAUGUGAUGCUUCAAGGCUUGCCGCGGGGAACAGUGGCCAAACCUAUCCCCACAUACGAACACCUCGACUUUCUAUGGGCUUCAGACGUUGAUAGCCAGGUUUUUGGGCACGUAUUUGAUGCUCUCGAGACUUACAGCGGCACCACCGUCCCAACCCUAGAUGCGCCCGACUCUUCUUUGAAGCUGGAAGGCCGGCCUUCGGUCUCCACGCACGCCUCAAACAGCUCACUACCCAGGCAUUAUCAGGCCUUACCAAACGAGCCAGCGGGCGCUACGCCGUGA